CAAGAGUGAAACACAAGCACCUCCUUGUUUUCAUAGUUACAAGUGAGCGCUUUAAGCAAGCCAGUUAGUAUGUAGUAUCAAAUCCAGCUUUUCCUCUCACUCUCCGAUGAUAUGACAGAUGAAACUCUCAGAAUGUCGGUGGAAAACGCCAAGUCAUUCAAGUUCACCUUUCAGUCGUCUGUGCACAGUUCCCACGUCCUGCAAUGUCUCAACGAGCAGAGAAAGAAAGAUCUUCUGUGUGAUGUGACGGUCGUAGCAGAGAACCAGAGUUUUCGGGCCCACAGGGCAGUUCUGGCGUCCUGCAGUGAUUAUUUCAGCACUCGCUUGUCCAGCCAUACACCUGAAGGGAUAAUCAUCCACGUUCCUGAUGAGGUUACCUCAAAGGGAUUUGAACCCUUGCUGGAGUUUGCCUACACCUCAAAACUCCUCUUCACCAAAGAGAACGUGCUGGAAAUCCGUAACUGCGCCUCUGCUCUUGGUUUCAAGAACUUGGACAAAGCCUGCUUUGACUUCCUUCUCCCCAAGUUCUUUGACAGCAGCAAAAGUGCAUCAAAAGUCCAGAGGAAGUGCUGCAAAACCAAAUGUUGCAAAUCACAAGAGGCUGAAUCGAGCUCGAAUAACAAGGAUGAUGUUAUUGAUGAAAACAAAUCAUUACUUCAGCCCGCACAGCUUCAGCUUAAAGUCAAAGAGACAUCUUGUCCUCCUUCGGUGGCUAUUGAGGACGUAGGAGAAAGCUGUCAAAGCCAGAAAGACACAGAUUACUCCCUCCUGUGCCCGAAGUACCGAAAGUUUCAAAUAGCUUGUGGGAAGGAGCGAUCCUGUUUGGAUGCUUGUGGCUCGACACCCAUGUCUCUUGACAAGCCAGAAGACGACUGUUCCUUAAACUGCCUCCCUUGCUCAAGCAAUGAGAACUUACCAUGUGAUAAGACACCUCUCGUUGGCGAUGAAGUUUCUCUUCUACCUGAAUGUUGUUCUCUGAAUCCUGGUCCUUGCACAGGCCAGCCAUCAUUUCCAACCUGUAACGAGUUGGCACAAUCAAUCUGUGACUCUUCAAAAUGGGGAAUGUCCCCUCGCUCAGGACCGGAGGAUAUUAUGAGGCCAUACGUGGCGCUCAGAGAUGACCGAUGCAAUGAACAGAGAAGCACAGAGGAAAUAGAGGUGGCCAAACAGCUCACGUUCUGGCCGGAUUCUUGUCAGGCGCCUCCCUCUGGCCUGGGCUUGGUGGCGAAACCCCCAAAUCUCAACUGUCUGAAAAGCUGCCAACCGGAUCCCAGAGCAGUGGAGUGUCCAUUUCUGCAGGACUUCGGUGCGGUAGGCGCUCAUUUGCACGAUGGAGACGGGGGACCAAUGUCACAGGAUAGUCCAUACAUGCCCUCCAAUCAAUCAGGGGAGGACUCGGAUAGUUUCGACACAGAGGGGGACAGUGAGUCUUACAGCAGUGAACGAGUGCGUGAGAUGGCGCUGCCGCUCUCUGUGGAUCAGAUCGUGUCCCUGAGCAGGAACGACUUCCAGCAGAUGCUGAAGCAGCAGUGCUUGACACGAGAGCAGCUCGACGUCGUGCAUGACAUCCGCAGACGGAGCAAAAACCGGAUCGCAGCCCGCCGCUGCCGCAAGCGGAAGCUUGACUGCAUACACAACCUGGAGUGUGAAAUCGAGAAACUGAGGAGCGAGCGAGAGAAGCUGACAACUGAAAGGAUAAAGCUGAAUCAGAUGAAGAUGAAGGCCUGGCAGAAUUACUCAGGCCUGUAUGAGAGGGUCUGUACUGAAGCCGCCCUCAGACCAGAGCAGCUUCAGGUGCUGGCCAAAUAUUCCUCUCCAGAAUGCCCGCUGACUGCCUUCCUGUGCCCCUCCCCAGACCCUUCUCAGAGUCCCGACACACAACUGCCGCAGGCUUCAGACUUCUCCACGCACACCUGUUGCUCUGGAGCCAACCCACCAGUUAGUUCCUCAGUGGAAAAUAUUGCUGCACAAUCAAGCUCACAGAACCUGUUACCUCUUGGGGUCGUAGAAGCUCAGUCACGCACCUGUCCUCCUGACGCCUUGGCUUUUGAGAACAGCGAGUGUAGUUCAAUGGACUUUAAACUCGCCACUGAUCUUCUCAUGAGCAAUCAUGAAACAGACAAAUUGUAAAAGUAAAUGUGUUGGUUGAAGAAAGGACCAUGGAAAAUCACUGAAGGACUUUAAUCACUCACUUAAGGUGCAUUUAACAAACGUGACAUCACUACUGUCCUCGUCUGAUCGUAGGUUGUAUAUUUUA